AUGGGUAAUUUGACAGGUAUAAGGGGUAUUGGGAGCAAGAUUUCCCAAGAUACCUGGGUAGACCACUCUUGUCCCUCGAGACAUGUCACUGGGUCUACUCACCAUCAAUGUCAGCACCCACAAGUCUGGUACUGCACAUCACGGCUCACCACCGGACUAAACCACCAAAGAAAUUCACCAUUCAGUAUCAAUCACCAGAAACUAGCCAAAGCCGGACUUGCUCACAACACAUAUGACACAAAUAGAACAGAAGACGGAUACAGCAAGAAGCAGCAAACAGCAUUAGUUGACAGUCGACAAGAUUUUAAGUUGAUAAUAGAAGUUUGA